AUGGACUUCACACGCUCGGCCUCGACUUGGAGAUCCCCUUCUCGCGGCCGUAGCCGCAACAACAGCACCCACAGAGGCCAUUCUGACCACCCGCGUGCCUCGGCCCUCACGCAACUGCUGAGCCGCUCUCAUCCAAGUCACACCUACGGCACUUCCUGGCGCGGGGGGGUCAUUGACGAUGAGGAAGCCUUGCUGGCACAUUCCAUUUCCUCUCACGAGCUCGGUGAUGAUGAGCAUCGCCGAUCCCAGGCUGAUGAGCGCCGACUCAGCCAGAUCCUGAACAGUGACCCUGUGCGGUCCAUGCGUUUGAUUGGAAACUCAAACCCUCGCUACAAAUGGGAACGAUACUGGAAGUCGGAAGAGCAAUUGAAGACCUUCUCGAAGCCCGUGCGGCAAUACUACGAGCGCAUCAACUACCUCGUCCAACAAUACCUAUACAUUGACCGCUUACUAGACAGCAGUCUACCCCACGACCUUCUCAAUGAAUACAAUGACCUCCCACACAACUCAUCCAAAGGUGUUGUUGAAGUUCCCGAGACCAUUACGGAAGAGACUGGGAGUUCAACAAAGAAGGUCAAGCGCACACCCAAGGACAUCUAUCGGCCCUCGGAAGUUACACCUCUGUUCAACCACGAAGAGGAAGACGAGGAAGACGAGACACCUAAACCUGAGGUCCCCGAACCUGAGGACGACGAUGACAUCGAUAGUAGCGAUCCAAUUGUCACACUUGCUAUCUACGUAAACUUCGCCGCGAACUUCCUCUUGCUUGCCGGAAAGAUCGUCGUCAUGAUCUCCGUCUCGUCCAUGUCCGUACUGGCAAGUUUGGUCGAUGCGAUCCUGGAUUUCCUGUCCACCGUCAUCGUGUGGAUAACGACGGCCCUGAUAUCCCGUCAAGACCAGUACAAAUACCCCGUCGGAAGGCGGAGGCUCGAACCCCUAGGUGUCCUGGUAUUCUCCGUUAUUAUGAUCACCUCCUUUGUGCAAGUAGCACUACAAUCUAUCCAGCGACUCGCAUCGGGAGACCACAAGAUCAUCGAGCUUGGUAUCCCCGAGAUCUCGAUCAUGGUUGGUACGGUUGUGAUCAAGGGCCUUUGCUGGAUCUGGUGUCGACUAGUGAAGAACUCGAGCGUGCAGGCCCUCGCCGCCGACGCCAUGACCGACGUGAUCUUCAACACGGGAUCCAUCAUAUUCCCUAUUGCCGGCUUCUACUUGGGCAUCUGGUGGCUCGACGCGCUGGGCGGUCUCCUGCUCUCCCUGGUCGUCAUCAAGAACUGGUCCCAGACCUCGCUGCAGCAUAUCAAGAACUUGUCAGGCUUCUCUGCCACCGCUGAUCAGCGGAACAUCCUCCUCUAUCUCACCAUGCGCUUCGCCAAGACCAUCCGCCAGAUCCAGGGCAUCCAGGCCUACCACUCCGGCGACAAGCUCAUCGCCGAGGUAGACAUCAUCCUCGACGCGAGCACGACAUUGCGGGAUUCUCACGAUCUCAGCGAGAGUCUUAGCUACGUGCUUGAGUCGGUCCCGAUUGUCGAUCGCGCGUUCGUGCACGCUGACUACUCGAGCUACAACUUCCUUCCGACACAUAUGGAGCAGCAGAGCGGAUAGAUAUCGUGUUUAUCGCCGCCACCUCUUUCUCAGAAAACAAAGUCUUGUAGAGCUGGGCGAGAGGGUGCGGUAUCCCGUAGAUUAGCCCCCCAAAUCGGCGGUAGAUGUAAGAGGCGGUGCUGAGGAUGAAAUGCUCCCCGACAAACCACCGCCUUCCUCCCUCCUUGUAACAUUAAAAAAUACGCCUUGGACAUAAAAGUAUGGUAUGAGCGCGGAGUAAAGCCAGCCACACGAUUCCUUUAAAAACCGGAAAGAAAAAAAAAGUGUGUGAGUCUCAUCGCCCAUGUUUUAUUUAUCUCUUAGCAGCACGUUAGCAUUUUCCAUUAUUCAGCGUUCUCGAUAAGUUCAAGGUCAUGUAGUAGGUAGGCGUCUCGUAGUCGCUCAACUCGUUCGCUCGGUCGCUUUUAAAAGUAUAUUAUC